AGCUGGUCUCUAUGUACAGAGGGUUCCAAGCUGAGCAGGGUUACAUAGUGAGACCCUGUCUCAGAAAAAUAAAAAUCAUUUUAUAUGCUUUUAUUUCAGUGUGCUUCUUCUGCUUAGUAAUUGUGUUGCUGAGCCAGCAGAUCCUCAACUCUGACCUUAAAAAUUCAGGUGUGGUGCAAGCUAUAAUCCUGUCUCUAGGGAGUACAGACUAGCUCUGGAGCUCUCAGUCAAUGAGUUCAGGCUCAAUGUGAGAACUUGGCUUAAAAAGCAAAUUGGAAGUCCUCCCCUGCUGUCUGGCCCUAGCCUAUCAGGUCCAAUCAGGACUGUCUGGAUCCUCUUCCUCUGUGGGCUGGCUAGGUCACCCCACAAAGAGGGAUAGGGAGGGUGGGACCGGGAGAUGAGGGAGGAGGCUAUAACUGGUAUACAACGUAAAUAACUUAACAAUAACAAUUAAAAAAUAAAACUUUUUUUUUCCAAACAAAAAAAGAAAGUUGGAGAGUGAUAGAGGGGGACACUAGUGUCAUUGCUUAUCUUAAAACACACAUACAAAUACACAGAGACAAUAUGUUUUGUUGAUAACUAGAGACAACUUAUUUAGAUUUCGAAUACCUCAAGUUUUCAGGCAUUUGGCUUUUAAAACCUCUUUCAAGUUGUAGGAACUACUUAGGCAUAUAUAUUAAGUAGAUUGGACGCAUUCUGAAAAAAAUACAUUCCUGAGAUUUCCUUUCAACAAUACUUUUGAAGCAUAGAUAAACUGACUUCCUGCCUCUCAAUUUCCUGUAUCCAUGGCAACCCCUGUUUUACCCGUUGACUGUAGAGGAACCAGUGUGAAGAGUGGCGUUUCCUGAGCAAGCCUUGACUUUAAAAUUCAAAAAAGGUGGAAUGCAGGAGGUCAGCAGUGGCCCAGAAAGAAACUGAGUUAAGGAAUGGUGCUCUUCAGAUUUAAAACAAGAGCCUUUGCCUAAGUAAGCCAAGUGGUGAUACAAUUUCCUUAUUCUUGAAUUACAUCCAAGGGUCCCUAAGCCAUUGUCUUCAUUGACUCAUCUUCAGGCAAAUUCCAAUUUUGUGAAUGCAAACUUUUGAGUCUUCAAGACUGGCUAGCCUCGUCAGCCAUUGCUGUAAACAUCUGUUAUCAGAAUCCCUUAUCAAUGUGUGGCAGAGCAGUAUGAUAUAGUAAAUGGACCGACAUUACAAAUUGCCUUUGCCUUCGACCAAUCUAUCCAGAGCUUGGGCUAUAAAAAUCUCUUCAUAUUCAUCACAAGACCACUGCACUAAUGAUGACCGGGUAUAAAGUAACCACACGUGGGAACCAUUUGGAAAACACUGUGACUGAGAGCAUUACUGUCUGGGAACGGAUCCGUGCUUCACCUGCCAGUAGAGUUUCUCAAGAGAAUACACCUGGUACUGCACUAGAGACGACUGCACUUUUACCUGUGCAAAUACAGCUUACUACUGUUAACUUGAACCUGGAAAAACACAGUGCUCUGCCGAUUGAUGCCUCUUCUGUGUCAGGAAAAACACCUCUCACUUGUACCCAAGACGUUGAGAAGCUGAAUGAGGCUUUUGACAUUUUGCUAGCUUUUUUCAUCUUAGCUUGUGUUUUAAUCAUUUUUUUGAUCUACAAAGUUAUUCAGUUUAGACAGAAACUAAAAGCACUAGAAAACUCAGUGGAAAAUAGAGUUGAGUAUUACAGCUUUUAUCAGUCAGCAAGGUAUAACGUAACCACCUCGGUUUGUAACACCUCCCCAAAUUCUCUGGAAAGUCCUGGCUUGGAACAGAUUGGACUUGAUAAACAGAUGGUUCCUGACAAUGGGGCACAGGUCAUUCUCUUUGAACAUUCUGCUUUAUAACUCAACUAAAUAUUGACUAUAUAAAACCCUGUAGUACCAUGUGGACAUAAAACUUAAUCCUUCUUAUAGAAUUAUGUAAUAUCAUUAAAAUGUUUACUAGUUAUAUGAAUAAAGUGCAUUUAUUCUCUAUAUAUUUUCUUUGAUAUUGACCAUGAUAAGUAACCAACAUUCUGAGUACUGAACACCAUGUUAAAUAUCUCACAAAUCAUGUUUAUUUCUAAAGUCUUGUAAGAUUGUACUAUCUAUAUUUAAAUUACAAAUAAGGAAAAAU